AAGGAAAACCGAAAGGAAAAGGAAAGACUGACUGGCAAGCGGCUCACAAACCUCAGAUACCCCGCGUCUUAUUGAUACUGAUUACAAAAAUGACACAUAAUUGAUUAUAUCGUACUUCAUUCGAUUAAAUCUUCAACUUGCAAGUUGCAUGAAUAUUUUGAUUCAGCAAAAACAUGAUAUCCAGUCAGACGCUGUGGGGAGAAAUACCUCCUCCCCCAGACACUGACAGAGGAAUAGCCAACCUGGAGCGAGAACAGAUGGCGAAGCUGAGAUCUUUAGAGGUGGAGGGUCCCCGACUUCAUCAACCGUCAAGUCGCCACCAGCCCCCGUCAAAGGAUCCCUUGCCAGCAGAGAAAUUUGAGAUGGACCCAAUUGUUGUUCACACCAUCAAAUUAAUGCAGCAUGCAAAGAAGCUAAGGGGCAUGAUCAGUAGCAUACAGCAGCAACAGGACGGAAUGGAUGUUGACUUCCCUCCAGCUCCUCCUAUCCCAGAAUUCAAUGGACCACCCAUGAAGAGCAAUCUACAGGGACCUGUUCCAUUUCUACCAAAAGACACUGAAAGUGACUUUGUCAGAGGAAUAGGUGAAACUCCUCCAGUGGUCGACGAGGAAGCAUGUCGUAAAUUACUCCGCAAAUCAACAGCCGCACUCUGUGCACACAUUGGAUUUGAUACCUGCAGUGGAAGUGUUCUUGAAACAUUAACAGACGUGGCACAUGAAUAUUUCCAAGAUUUCUGUUCCAGACUGCGGAAUGCCGCAGACAACAAGUUAUUACAUGGAUACUCUGGCUUCCCAGAUAUUGUGGAGCAGGUUUACCAUGAGAUGGGCAUUGGGAGUGUCAUCGAAAUUCACGACUUCUACCAGUCACGGAUCAUUAACCACCACGCUUCAAUGCAGCAGACUUGUGCCCAGUUAAUGGCCGAGUACGAGAAGCUAAAGCAGCCAAUCAUGGUGAAGCAGAUGGAUACAGUGCCUGUCAUCAGAAUAAAGGAGGAAUCAUCUUCGGAAAUUCAAUUUCCUGUUUUGGAUGAAAAUGAUGAAUUGAAUGAUGCAGAGCAGCUACUUCAGCUAGAGGGUUUAGGAGGGUUUGAGAUCACUGUUGAGCACGAGUCAGCGAGUGGACUCACAACAGAGGUUGAGUCAAAGUGGAAUAAAGAGGGCAUAAAAACUGAGCCCGUAGACACACCUGUCACAAACACCAGAGUGAGUACGUUGGAUGACUAUGAUGACCCCAGCAGUAUAAAAGUCCGGACACCCCGCACCCCUGCCCAGUUGAGUGAGGGUGGGGACAUCUCCAACCCGGGCUCUGUGGCGGCCUCUGAUAUCAUGUCUCCUCCCUCACUGUCCAGACCCAGCAAGCCCAAGAAAAGAAAAAAAUGAAGACUGGCUUAUAGAGAUGUGGGGAAACUGUGCUUAACGUGUUCUGAAAUUUCAAGAGACUUUGCAAACUUUGAAAUGAAAUAUUCAGACCUUUGAAUCUCUAUAGAUUUUGUGAAUUGUGAACAUUUCAGCACUUGUAUAUCAUUUAUAUACGUGCAGUCUGACUGUGAUCCUGGAAUAUCAAAGAGCCUGUGAGGAAGAAAUCAUGCAACUAUUGCUUUACUAGUGCUAUAUGAUACUUAGUUCAUGGUGAAUUGUAUGUGAAUAAAAAUGGUACAAAUAUGUAA